AGAGCUCGGAAGCAUCAUGGCGGACACACACAGCAACAAUAAUCAUGUCCCGGUUUUGUUCUCCUUUUCUGUAUUCUCUCGGGCCUCGUCUGUGCCUGUGGGCUCUGGAUAUGAAGUGCUUAUCCAGAAGUUUCUUUCCAUUUACGGAUCUCAAAUCGACGUUCAUCGUAAACUGGUACUUCAGUAUUUCUCGGAGGAAUGGGGUCAGUACAUUGAUUUGCCGAAAGGAUUCACGGUUUCAGAAAAAUGUCGGCUGAGAUUAGUGCCUCUGCAAAUGGAUAUCACGACACUGGGAAACCUCUCACCGGCCACAUCGGUUUUCUUUUGCUGUGAUAUGCAAGAGAGAUUCAGACCUGCAAUCAAAUACUUUGGUGACAUCAUCAGUGUUGGCCAGAGGCUGCUUCAGGGGGCUCGUAUUCUGGGUAUUCCUGUGGUGGUGUCUGAGCAGUACCCUAAAGGUUUGGGCAGCACAGUGCAGGAAAUGGAUCUGACUGGAGCAAAAUUAGUUUUCCCCAAAACAAAGUUUUCCAUGGUGAUACCAGAGCUGGAGGCUGCGCUGGCUGAAAUUCCUGGAGUCCGCAGUGUUGUGCUCUUUGGAGUUGAGACUCACGUGUGCAUUCAGCAAACAGCUCUGGAUCUCAUUGGAAGAGGCUUUGAAGUGCACAUUGUUGCUGAUGCCACAUCCUCCAGAAGCAUGAUGGACAGAAUGUUUGCUCUAGAGCGGCUGGCGCGCACUGGAAUCAUCAUCACCACCAGUGAGUCUGUUCUGCUGCAGCUCGUGGCUGAUAAAGAGCAUCCAAAGUUUAAAGAGAUCCAGAACAUCAUUAAAGUCAGCGCUCCAGAAUCAGGCCUGCUGUCCAAGGUCUAAUCACAGUCAAAACAAAAACACUUUCGAAAAUGUCCCCCCACAAUAAAAUGAUUGAAAUGCUCACCAGCAUGUGUUAGUAUUAAAAAUGAUACAACGCUUCAAUUACAUAUGCACUUAUUUAUGUUUGUUUUAAGUCUUAGAAUCCAAAAUGUAUUUUUUGAUGUCUAUACUUACUGAGCAAAUUAUAUGACCAAGAAGCAUUUCCUUGUGUCUACAUCCAAAAGUACAAUCAAUUCCACUAAAUAAUACAGCAUGUUACACUCUAAAUACAUGCUCUGAAUGUAUAGAUUCUAGUCAGUGCAGUGAUACAGAUUAGAGAAUAGCUACAACCCUAUCAAACACAGCUGAUCCCAAAUAAUAUUGGUGUUCAAAAGAGUCAUGAACACCUUCGUUAGUUGAAUCAGCUGUGUUUGAUCAGGGUUGGAGCCAGAGAUGGGAAGUAACGAAAUACAAAUACUUAGUUACUGUACUUCUGGUAUCAGUACUUACAGUAACUCCACUGCUUUUUUUUUCUGACAACUUUUUACUCUCACUCUUACAGGCUCAUUACUUUAGUUUUACUGUGUUUUGUGGGGCAAUCUAUAAUAUUUAUUAUUAUUGCACAAUCUGAACACCUUUUUGAUUCAAUCAUUUUUUUUUUUUGUCAUUGUGCGCCUGCGUGCUCAGCGCGUGGCUUUUUCGACCUCUCUUCAGGCGGACGGCAAGAAUGGCGAACUUUGAUAAGAGAGAGGAAAUCUGUGAUGUAAACAUGACUGAUUUUAUGUUUAUACCAGGGCCCGGUUUUUUAAAAGGUUUAAUCCGGAUAAAAUUAAUCUGGACUAGUAAUUAUUUUUUUAUGAAUCGUGAUCAUAUAAUCAAGCUUACUUUUUGAGCCAGUUUUUCAAAGCAACAUUGGAUUGGAUUAGUCUGAUCUGUUCAGGAACUUUUCAAGAUCACUAAAUCUGGAUAACCAGAUCUUAUCAGGAUAGGAAAUCACAAUGUAGAAUUUAAAGAGCAACAAGUAGAAUAGUCAGUGUGGGGUCAAUAUAACUUUAUUAGCCCCCCUGAAUUAUUCACCCCCCUGUUUAUUUUUUUUCCCCAGUGCAGAUUUUUUCAACACGUUUCUAAACAUAAUUUUUAAUAACUCAUCUCUAAUAACUGAUUUAUUUUAUCUUUGCCAUGAUGACAUUAAAUAAUAUUUGACUAGAUAUUUUUUUAAGACAUUCUUCUAUACAGCUUAAAGUGACAAUUAAAGGCUUAACUAGUUAAUUAAGUUAUCUAGGCAGGUUAGGGUAAUAAGGCAAGUUAUUGUAAAAAGAUGAUUUGUUCUGUAGACUAUCGGGAAAAAAUUGCUUGUAGGGGCUAAUAAUUUUGACCUUAAAAUUGUUAUAAAUUAAUUAAAGGCUGCUUUUAUUCUAGCUUAAAUAAAACAAAUAAGACUCACCAGAAGAAAAAAUAUUAUCAGACAUACUGUGAAACUUUUCUUGCUCUGUUAAACAUAAUUUGGGAAAUAUUAAAAAAAAAAAAAAAAAA